UCUUUUUUCCCUUUGCUUUUCUUUUCUUCCUGGUAGUUCACUCAUCCCACUGGACCUCCCCACAGAGGCAACCCCCCCAAGCUUCUCCUACACCACUAAAUUUUUUGGGGCUCUCUAUUCCAUGCCCACCUUCCUCUCCACUGACUCAGGCUCCUCCUCUGCUCCUCCCCACAUCCUGCUCACCUUUAAUUGAGAUGCUAAUGAGGCUUCUGUCACUUCCAUCCUGGGCGGGCUGGCUGGCCAGGCCACUGCACCUGUCAGGCCCCAUGAAGGAGGAAAAACUUGAGCAUGGGGGCCGGCAUCCCGAGCCAGGAGGACCCCAGAAGGAGGAGAAGGAGGGCCUGAUUGAGUUCUACCAUUCCUACCGAGAGCUCUUCCAGUUUUUCUGCAGCAAUACCACCAUCCAUGGUGCCAUCCGACUGGUUUGCUCCAAGCACAACCGAAUGAAGACGGCCUUCUGGGCUGUAUUGUGGCUCUGUACCUUCGGGAUGAUGUACUGGCAAUUCGGCCUGUUGUUUGGGGAGUACUUCAGCUACCCGGUCAGUCUCAACAUCAACCUCAAUUCUGACAAGCUCGUCUUCCCUGCAGUCACUGUCUGCACUCUCAAUCCAUACAGGUACACUAAGAUUCAAGAAGAUCUGGGAGAGCUGGAUCGUAUCACAGAGCAGAUGCUUUUUGACCUUUACAAGUACAACUCAUCACGUAGUCUCUCCAACAAGCCUCGACUCCGACGUGAUAUCUCAAACCAAUUACCUUAUCCUUUAGUUAAGAUUCCGUACCCCCAGUCCUUCAGUCAUCACCGAAGUGGAGCCGCAGGAGUCCAGGAGAACAACCCUCAGGUGGAUAAAAAUGACUGGACAAUCGGUUUUAUCUUGUGUAACAAGAACAAAUCAGACUGCUUCUACCAGACCUAUUCCUCAGGGGUGGAUGCUGUCCGAGAAUGGUAUCGAUUUCACUUUAUCAAUAUCCUGGCUCGACUGGACUCCCAAGAUCUGAAUGAGGCUGCUUUGGGUAAUUUCAUCUUCGCCUGUCGCUUCAACCAGGUAUCCUGCAACCAAGAGAAGUACUCCCAAUUUCAUCAUCCCAUCUAUGGAAACUGUUAUACUUUCAAUGGCAAGAAUGACUCUAACCUCUGGAUGUCCUCUACACCUGGGAUCAAUAAUGGUCUUUCUCUGACACUACGGACAGAGAGACACGACUUCAUUCCCCUGCUGUCCACAGUGACAGGGGCCAGGGUGAUGGUCCAUGGGCAAGAUGAACCAGCAUUCAUGGAUGAUGGGGGUUUCAACCUUCGGCCAGGAGUGGAGACAUCUAUCAGCAUGAGAAAGGAAACCCUGGACCGACUUGGGGGUAACUAUGGGGACUGUACCAAGAAUGGCAGCAAUGAUGUCAAAGUCCAGAAUUUCUAUUCUUCCAAGUAUACACAGCAGGUGUGUGUCCAUUCCUGCUUCCAGGAAAAUAUGAUCCAGAAGUGCGGAUGUGCAUAUAUGUCCUACCCAAAGCCUGACAACGUGGAGUUUUGUGACUACAAGAAGCACACAGAGUGGGGUUACUGCUAUUAUAAGCUCCAGGACGCUUUCUCCUCUGACUCCCUGGGCUGCUUCGCUAAGUGCCGCAAGCCCUGUUUAGUAACCAAUUACCAGUUGUCUGCUGGCUAUUCCCGCUGGCCCUCGGCUACGUCUCAGGACUGGGUGUUCCAGAUGUUGUCCAUACAGAAUAAUUACACCAUCAGCUCCAAAAGCGGUGUUGCCAAACUCAAUAUCUUCUUCAAAGAGUUGAACUAUAAAACCAACUCAGAGUCUCCCUCUGUUUCGAUGGUCACCCUCCUGUCCAACCUGGGCAGUCAGUGGAGCCUGUGGUUUGGCUCUUCUGUGCUUUCUGUGGUGGAGGUGGUGGAGCUGAUCCUUGAUUUCCUGGUGAUCACCUUCUUCUUGAUGCUCCGAAAGUUCCGAAGCCGCUACUGGGCUCCCAGCCAGACAACCGCAGGGUGCCGGGAGGUGGCCGUGGAAUCGUCACUGCCUUCUUGAUCCCCCUGCUUACUCAGGUGCCUUCUCAGACAGUUUGGCCCGGGCCCUUCUGCACCAGUCUCAGAAGCUGCCUCCGCUACCCCGAGUCCCCAAGAUGGUAGCCAGGACAAUAGCUGGGAAUUCUAUCUAGUCUUCCCCACUGGUCCUAGACAUCCUCGGACCUCAAUUGGUGUGCUUCCCCCAACUCCAUCAACCAAUUAUGAUGUUCUCUCUUGUCCAUCCUCCGUGUCCUUUAUUCUCUGAGAAAUUUGAGCCAAUUGAACAGUAGCACUUUUCUCAUUACAUUCCAUUCCCCAGUGUAAUUUUUGUGUAUCUGGGCCUGGGAUGGGUACUGAUUUGCAGGAUUAGACAUUUUAGAACUUCUCUGAGUAAACUGACUGAUAUUGUCUAGGACUUGAAGAGGGAGAUAUCUCUUUUCAAGUCAUAUUUAGGGGUUUCAACUUAAUCCACACCAGCACUAUUACUUCAGAGACCUAACUAUCAGAGGUGGUCUUAGAGAGGAAUAUACAGAGAUUAUGGCUUGGAAUCCCCAAAAGCCAUAUUCUUUUAUCAAAACUUAUUUACUGUGUUGCAUUAUAUUCAAUUAAAGGUUGGGGGUGAAUACUGAAAAAUUAUAACUUAUUUUUAAAAGAAAUCCAAUUCAGAAAGCAUUUAUUAUUCCCCUGCUAAUUCCCCCUAUACUCUUUAUCCAGUUCAACCUUACCCUUCAAAAGUCCUUUUCUUCUGUUCUUCCCUUCCACUGUGGAACUCUGGAAGUGGACUGCCUUCCACUUCUAGUCCCUUCACCAUAGAGCUCUUUAUCUUAUUUUAUAGAUGAGGGGGAAAGCCCAUUUAGUCUCCAAUAGAGACUAAAUUUUUGAUUUGAGUAGGCGAGGGACAACUGUGGCUUCUGAAAAGAUUCAGUCACCUAACUUUAUUUUCUUCUUCCUUCUUCCAAUGUAGCGGUGUUGCCAAACUCAGUAUCUUCUUCAAAGAGUUGAACUAUAAAACCAACUCAGAGUCUCCUUCUGUUUCAGUGCGUCUCCUUUGGGACGCUGGGCAAUGGGAAUGGGGAGGUUUUCUGAUUCUAAAUCAAGCACUUUUCCUUCCAUCCCAUAAGUCACCCCACCAUAAUCUUGCACUAUCCCUCCCCCCUCCUCCCUAUGACAAUUUCCUUUCAUUCUAUUUCUCCUUGUUUUGCUCCUUCUAAAAUCUAUUCUUUUUUCUUUUUAUUAAAUAAGUUUAUUUUUGUUUUUCUGAACUUGACAAACAAAACAAGUAUUUCCACAUACAAACCCCAAAAGGAUUGUAUAUGCAACCAUGGAUCUUCAUUACAUAAGCUUAUUUAUAAUUUAAAAAGUAUACAAUACAUACUAGUAUGUAUAGUGUAUACAAUACAUACUAGUUCCAAAGUUAUGUUUCAGUUUAAAAGAAUUGCAUACAUUUAACCUAUAUCAGAUUCUUGCUGUCUUGGGGAGGGUGGAUAUAAGGGAGGUAGAGAGAAAAAUUUGAAACACAGUUUUACAAAAAUGAACGUUAAAAACUAUCUUUACAUGUAUUUGGAAAAAUAAAAUACUAUUGAGAUGGAAAAAAUAAAGUUAUGUUUCACUCUGAACUUCUGUGCACUGUAGGAAAAAAAAUACUUCACUGAUAAGGUAUCUUCUUUUUUUUUCUUAGUAUCAUUAAUCAUUUCUUUCCACUUGUAUUCAUUGCCCUCUACUCCUCCCCCCUCAAUUCUCAACCUCUAAUAAUAAGCAUAAUUAAGCAAAACAAUCCAUGCAUGAUUCAUGUCUGAAAAUUAUACAGCUCAUUUUUCAACUCAGUCCAUAACCUCUGGACCAAGAGAUUAAAAAGUAAGUUUCAUUUUCUGUCUUUUGGCAUUGUGGUUGGUCAUUGCACUGAAAUUUUCUUAAGUUUUUCAGAGUAUGAUGUCUUGAUUCUUGAUUCAUUUUCCAUCACUCAUACAAGUCAUCUCAGCCUUUUUCUGUUAUCUGUCACUUUGGCAGUUACUUUUAUUAUAAUAUCUCAUUCUUUGUACAUACAGCAAUUUGGUCAUUCAACAAGUGAUAGAAAUAGUUUGAUAAUAGUAUAGUUUAAGAUCCGACUGCUAGAUCUCUUUUCCUUCCCACUUCUGUUUUUUUUUUUUUUUUUUUUUUUUUUUUUUUUUUUACUACCCCUUAAUUGCUGGUUUUCUUCUAUCACAAAAAGCAUUGCUAUGAAUAUUUUUCUACCUGUGUGGAUACUUUCUUUCAAAUCUGAAAUAUGUCUACUAGUAGUAUUGCAUCAACAGUUAUACAUAAUUUACUUCUUUGUGGCAUAGCAUGGCAGAUUACUUUCCACAAAAACUUAUACCAAUUUAUAGCUUCACCAAUAAUGCAGCUGGCAACAAGGUGAUGCAGUGGAUUGAAUACUGAGUUUGGAAUCGGAAGGUUCCAUUUCUUGAGUUCAAAUUCAGUCUCAGACACUUGCUAGCUGUGUGACCCAGGCAAAUCACUCAA